UUAUUUCCUUUCAGAUAUUUAGAAUUUGAUUUAUAACUUUUUUUCUUUCUUUUUCUUACUAAAAUUGAAAGAAGAGGAAGUUGAACACAGUUGUGUAUAUACUAAAAAGAUAAAAAGAACUUGUACUAUUGUAUGUCACAAUGUGGUGAGUAUACUCACCACAUUGUGACAUACAGUAGAGCUUCUGCGGCUAGUCCUCGUCGCUUUCCGGAGAGCUAGUACAUGGUUAGUGAAGUGUAUAUGGGAAGUUCAAAUAGAUAUGAGAAAGAACUCUGCGUCAGGCCAGCCUUCUAACCAGAGCUGCCAUUGAUUACUAGUAACGAGAUGGGUGACCAUGUCUGACGCUUGUCAACUGCAGGGAAGAUGUCCGGCUAUUGAAACUGACAUUCGGCAGCAUGCUACACCGCUAACGGUAGCCUCAAGGCAGGAUAUUCGGACAGUUCCUUUAUUAAUAGAAAGCCUCCUAUUAUAAGUAUUUAUUUUUUAGAUAAAAUGGAAUCUGUACAAUUUAAAAAUGAUCAUGAAAUUGAAGAUAAUAAUUUAAAUCAUCAACAGGAACAACAACAAAUUGAACAUGUAGAACAAUAUAUUCCUCAUUUACUUCAACUUGUAUCUGAAACAAGUUCUAUAUUACAUAGUCCAAUAGAAGAAAUGUCUUUAGAAGAAAUUUAUAGUCGUGAAACCAAACAAAUUGUGGCAGACAUGAUUUAUUCAAUUCAUCCUAAACAAUUAGAAUUAGCUAAGGCACCGUAUAGAAAGGCAGCUGGUAUGGCAGCUAAUCAAUGGAACAUAAAUAAAAGAAUAUUUUUAUUUUGUCCAGAUGGUAGUGAUCAAGAAGUAAAAGUUAUAUUUAAUCCAACCUAUAAAUCACGUCUAUUAGCUCAAAGUCAUACAAGUGAAUUAAAAACAAUACCAUCUAAUCAUAUAACAGAUUUUAAUCAGGAAGGUUGUUUUAGUGUUCCAUAUGCAUAUGGAACAGUUGAACGUUAUAAACAUAUUGAAAUUAGUUAUAUUGAUGAUAAAGGUAUAAAACAUAUGAAUGAACAAUUGUCAGAUUGGCCAGCUAGAGUAUGGCAACAUGAAACAGAUCAUUUAAAUGGAAUAUUAUAUUCAAAUAGACAAUCAGGAAUUAAUAACGGACCAAAUUGUAUCGAAUUACACAGAUUUCAAACAAAAGAUGAAUUUGAAAAAUAUCGAUGA